CUGUGAUUGACGGGUGAGGGAAAGGGAUGUCACAAAGUGGCCAUAUAAAAUGUGAAUUUGAAGAAUUAGUGAUGUGAGGAUAUUCGGGGAGAUUUCCAAACCCACAAACAGUCACACGCUCUUCAGACGGGACGCUGAUAUCGACGAUGGCCGAUCAUGACCUGGUUCUGAAAUGUUGGGGCCCAGUGGAAGCCGACUACACCGGCUACGGAGGAGAAGUCCUGAACCGUUUGUUUAACGAGCACCCGGAAACUCUAAAACUGUUCCCGAAGUUUGAGGGCAUCGCACAGGGUGAUUUGGUGGGACAUCCAGCGGUAGCAGCCCAUGGCGCGACGGUGCUGAAGAAGCUAGGUGAGCUGCUGAAGGCCGGAGGUGAUCACGCUGGGAUCCUCAAACCGCUGGCCAACACCCACGCCAACAUACACAAGAUCGGCCUCAACAACUUCAGGCUGAUCACUGAAGUCAUCGUGAAGUUGAUGGCGGAGAAGGCGGGUCUUGACGGUGCCGGUCAGGCCGCUCUGAGGAGCGUGAUGGAUGUCGUCGUCUGCGAUAUCGACGGAUACUACAAAGAAAUCGGAUUUGCUGGAUAAAUGACACCAAACCCCGACAAUCCCAAACUCAGCAGGAUGUAGAUCAUGACACAAUGGGAGUAUAUCAUAGGAAAAGCGCUUGUUGUGUUAUCGCCAUUCGCACAUAGAAAUGAUUGUGCUUAUAAAUGCAAGCUAAUAACAUUAAACAUUAAAAUUGCCUGUGUAAAUUGUCCACAGAAAACAUAUAAUCAUGUAUCAUGUAUAAAACCGAAAUAAGGUUGUUUCUGCCUUUUUUUUAAAUGUGCAUGUUUGUGGUUUUGAAUCAAGUCAGGUUUGGAAUGUCAUCUGAUGUUUGUUUAAACAGUGAGUGAGCCUGAUGAUGUCAUAAUGCUGUCUGGUGAUGUCAUAAUGCUGCCUGGUGAUGUCAUAAUGGCGACUGUGUGUUAGGGUCUCAGGAGGACCUUAUUUAAAUUGCACUAAUGGUGAUUAUCCAUUGAAAUAACCUUUCAUUUUCUUUUCAAUGAACCUUUUAACGUUCUUAAUGACUGCUAAUCGUAAUUCUUGUUUCGAUGCGCCUUUGGACAUGCAUUCAAUUGUUACUAGUGAGCAUUCACUGUUGCUAGCAGGCAUUUUACGAUUUUAAAUCAUAAUAUUCAGGUGAUUUACUUUUUUGAAGCAACGCUUUUAAUAAACAUUGCAUAUACCUGCUGGAAA